AAUUGUGCUGCCAUCUGUCGGCCGGCAGGCGAAACCGGCGAGCGGCGGCUGCUUCAUUGUUCCGAGAAAGGCCGCAGCGGGUGUACGUGUGCACGGAACACACGCACCAUGGCCGAAGCUAACGACACGACUCUGACUUUCUUCUCCAAGGCGACGCCGAAUCAAUGGAGUUAUGUGCUGUCCCUGUACAAGGAGGUCCUCAAACAGAAAGCCGCCCUCCGGACCAAAAAGGGGGGACCCGAAGAACUCAUCAAACUGGACGCCUGGUACCAGGAGCAGCUGCCCAAGACGAUACAGGCCCGUAAGGACAAGCACCUGGUGCACGAAGAGCUCGUCAAAAUCAUGAAGUGGAAACUAAUGCGUGGCAAGUACCGGCCCCAGCUGCUGGACCUGGUGCGCAUCAACACGGAGCUGGCGGUCAAGUCGACGUCCAAGAAGGCAUUCCGCAAGCUGCCCAACCUGUCCGGGGCCAUCACGGCCCUGACCAACCUGAAGGGCAUUGGCCCCGCCACGGCCUCGGCCAUCCUGGCGGCAGCCUUCCCCGAGCAGGCGCCCUACAUGGCCGACGAGAGCAUGCUGUCCACACCGGGGGUCGAGGCCACCGACUACACCCUCGCCGAGUACCUCAACUACGCCGAACGCAUCAAAACCUGCACCGACCAGCUUGCCCAGAAAGACCCCGAGGGCAAGUGGACUCCGCACAAGGUGGAGCUGGUGCUGUGGGCGCACUACGUCGCCCGGGAGCUGAAGCCCUCCCUCCUGGAGGACAUCUCCAGCCACAAGGACAAGGGAACCUCCAACGGCAACAGCAGCCCCGCCCCCACGGCCGCAGCACCCCCCGCGGACGCCGCGGACGACAACGCCACGCCCGUCGCGGCGGCGGCCAACGGAACCGCGGAGGACGGCCACGACGCCGCCGCCGUCUCGGACUCCCCCUCGGACUCGCGGUCCUCGGCGGACCUGGCCCAGGCGGCGGCGGACGAGAGCUCCAGCCAGGACGCAGCCGCGGAGAAGAACGGCACGGGGGAGGCGCCCGAGGGAGCCACGUCGUCCGCCGCGGAGGAAGACGACAGUUCCUCGUCGGCCGUGGCGGCGGAAGACGCUCCGGUCCAGGACGGCAAGGGGAUCAAGCGGGACUUGGAAGAGGGCGAGGAGGGGAGUGGCACGGAGGAGGGCACUGCCAAGAAGGCGCGGGCGUGAACUGGACUCUCAUCUGGGGUUGUUUUUAUUUUUUUUUUUUUGUUCGGACUCUACUUUUUUUUUUCCCCCUUUCAGCCUUCACAACCACCUUUCCUCCCCCUCGCACCCCCUUCCCUCCCCUUUUCGGCCCUCCGUCGAAGCAGCACCUUCCGUACCCCGUUCCGGUCGAGAAAAGCGGGAUGAGCUCCGUCCACGGAGCCCUCCGGCCUUUCCGCUUUGACAAGCAGAUGCCGGACUCGCCUUCUCCCCGGCGUUUGCUCCGCUGAAGUGAAAAGAGCAAAGGGCUUGGUGGGCGAAGCUUGUCCCACUUUUCCUAACCCUCAAAGGGGUAGCGCCGAACUUUCGUCGUCGCCUAAAGAAGCAAAUGUGGGGAACGGACUGCAUACGAGCGUUGCGUCGACGUUUGGCCGAAACGAGUAACACCGGCGUGGCGCCCUUGUCUCAUCCGUUCCGCGUUUGCCUCUUUAGGGCGACGUCAAAAAGUUUGGUGCUAGGCCUCCUUAUCUAGGCGGCGUUGUUAAAUGAGUCUUUUUUUAUUUUCCACGAGAUAGGACUCCAACCACCUCAUAACGUUCCUGUCAUUUUUUUUUUUUUUUUUGUGCGUGCGGAUUGCGGGAUUUUUGGCGACGACAAGCGCCAAGCUGCGUCGCCAAGAUUGCGCCGCGUGUGGCGGCUGCGUUUUGUGGGAGUCGCCGAUCCUAGUUUCCCACGUUUCUCCUUCGCUCUAUUUUUUUUUUCCAUCUUACGAUCAUGCCUAACGUCGAUUGCUUAUUUUCUAAAGUAAAAUUGUCUCCCCGCCCCCUCUUUUUUUUUUACAAUAAAUGAAAUGCAGGCAAGUGGUGUUUUUUUUUUACAAGUUUUCAAUUUUUUUUUUUUUUUUUUUUUUUGAGAAUGCAUUUGUUGUCGGAAUUUCCGGGGUGAAAAAUGUCGUACCAAGUUUUACGGUGCCCUCGUUGGUUGCGAGACGUAAAAAGACAAUUAGUCUCGAAGUGCUACGUGCUCGAACUUGCGUACGCGCCGUAGUAAAACGUUGAUGACGCCAAUGGCUGCAGCAAAAACGAAGGUGAAUGCCAACAAAUGUGCUCCGUAAAUAUGUGGGAAACACGUUUGAACGCCAGAACGGUCAUAGUCUACCUCACACUUCCGCCGUUUCCACAAUCGGUUCGAGAAUUCACCGCCCAGUGUUGCCUCGAAAUUUCACCGCCAUCGGAGCACCGCUUAUUUCCCCCUUUAUGCGGCAAAUUUAAGAUACUUGUGUACGCACGCAAGACUGCUCGUCGAAACGUAAACUUUUUCAGAUGCAAGGAGCAUUCCUUCCUGCAACAAAAUCAUCUAAGAACUACUUUGUGCAGUGUAUGAACUGCGUCUCUAAGCAACAAUGAGCACGAAACGUUUGGGGGGAGCCAAGCUGUUGGCUUUCGGCCGUCUCUGCACGUAAUGAGAUGUCCAGUCUGUCCUCGCUCCCGAAAAAGAUGGAAACUAGUUUGCAGGAAUGUUGCAUUGCUACGAAAUGCUUCGCACGAUUAUUUUAUGCUGCAUUUAGAAUGUAUAGAAGAGGGGAAAGUAAUUGCAGGUGCCUCUUGCUCCAGGUUGUUCUGAACGGCGUUGCAUCAGAAAAUGAACUCUCCACACAAGCGGAUGCCCGUUGACAAAGAACAUUUUGGAAACAUUCUAAAACUCUCGUACCUCUGAAAAUAUUUAAAAAAAAAAAAAAGGCUGGAACCUGCCGUGAAAAUAUUUCCGCGCAUAAUGAUGUCUCGUGAGCAGUCCCGCAGUGUUUGCUAAAGUCCUCGGUCGAGAAAGGCAUUUUCCGUGCUCGACGAAAACACUGCUAGAAUUUUUACGCGGUAUCAAAGUGGCAGUCCUAUGGUGUUUUUCAGACUGUUCUAUGGGACCUAUUUCAAACAAAGGAGAUCAAAAAAAAAAAACUUCCUGGAUAUGUUUUUGUUUGUAGGAAAGAUGGUCUGUAACUGUGAGCAGCGACCUCUCUAUUAUAUUCACGGAGAAGCCUCGUUGCUCACAUCUGGCAAUUACCGAAAGUGUUCAACCUUUAAGAUUUUCUUUCGCGUUCUUUAUUUCCCCGACAAAUUGUCCCAUCGAUGACCGGUUUGACGGAACUGCGAGACUCGUCCAUUUGUUUGUAGGACCAUUAAAAGGAUGUUUUUGCGCUCGA